ACUAUGCAACCCCCCAAACAGUAGCAAAUCAUGCCAUAGUAUGACAGGAGCCCCCCCCCCUCCUCAACACAAAGGAUAAGAGGAGAGGAACAGGAUGAGUCCCUCUGUUUGAUUUUUGUUGCCUGUUUUCUUACACCCUGUUAUCAGGGCUCUGGCUAUGGAUGCUGAGUGUUUGGAGUGUAUGUCCUGUGUGCAGCCUGUGCUCUCCGCUGCAGAGGAGGAAAGCUGCGGGGAGGGAGAUGAUGAAAUUGUGGACAAUGAGACGGGAGGACUACAGCAGGAUCAGCUUCCAGAAACCCUCCAGCUGUGGGGUGAUGAGAAAGACAUCAUCUGUGACAUUGAACCACCUCUCAAGCCCAAGGCAUGGGUUCCCACCGUCUACGCCUGUUUCGACAAAGAGCAGUACUGGUUUGCAGGCUACCAAAUUACCAUUCAGGAAUCAAUUGAAGGAUAUGCAGGAGUAGUCUGGCAUGCAGCAAAGGCAGUAUGCCAUUAUCUGGAAGAAAACAGAGAGGAACUCAACCUGAAAAACAAGAAAGUACUGGAAUUAGGUUCUGGAACUGGCCUGGUAUCAAUUGUUGCAUGCAUACUAGGAGCUGAAGUCACAGCAACUGAUUUGCCCGACUGUCUUGGAAAUCUGAGAUAUAAUUUAUCGAGGAACACAAAAGGGAAAAGUCUACUACAUAAACCAGAAGUAAGAGAGUUGGUGUGGGGUCAAGAUCUUGAAGCAAACUUUCCGAAAUCGUCGUGCCUGUACGAUUACAUUUUAGCAGCUGAUGUUGUCUACCACCAUAUGUAUCCUGACGAACUACUGGAAACAAUGAAGCACUUGUGCCAACCUGGAACAGAACUAAUAUGGGCCAAUAAAUUCAGAUUUAACACAGAUUAUGAUUUCUUAUCAAGGUUCAAUAUGUUAUUUGAAACAGAACUACUGGCGGAGUUUCCAGAUUUGGAGGUUAAAAUCUUCAAAGCAAAACAUAAGGCAGGCUAGAACGCUUGUAAAGCAGCUUUUUGGUGGGCUUUUACAUUUACAAAUUGCCAAAACAAAAUGUUAUUUUGAUCCUUCUGUUUACAAGACUUGCUUGCUGAUGAUUAUGUGUUUUCAUGGACUUGUAUGUAACAAACCGGCUUCUCCAAGUCAUCAAGGAAGUUGUCCAGAGCAGAAACUGCAACUUUACAGAAUCAGAAUGAGCCACAAUGCUGAUUUGCUUGAUAUGUAUUCUAAAAACUCUUUUAUGAAUGCUAUAGGUGCACACACUACUAUUUUGUGUGUGUGUAUGUGGUAUCCUUAUAAAACAGAAAAAAAAACAUUGUUGUGAUUGACACAGCAUUAUGUACCGGACUGCUUUUGAGUAAUAAUCCCACCUUAUUUCAUACUUGCUAUCAACUUCUACUAGGGCACAACAUGACAAUUUCUGCCACUGUUCCUCUACUGACCUCCCUAAAGAACACGUAGCAACAAAUCACAGUGUGUGGCAAUUACAGUUCUGUUUUUUAAUACAAGGUUAGAUAUUUUACAUAUCUAAGUCUGCCCAAACCAGUUGACCUGACCUGCCACCCAAUAUGUCCCCCCCAACGGUGAUGUAACUAGAUGAAAAUGGGCUCCACAGCAAAUUAAUUUUAGGGGACCCAACAUAUCCAGAGUUGACCUGUUCUAUCAAUAUAUAUUAAAAUUGCUCAUUAACUAGGGCCUUGUGGGACCCCUGUACCUCUUGAGCCCCCAAACAGCUGCAGGGUCUGUCUGCUUCCUCUGUAGUUUAGCCCAUGCCCCAACCCUAAACGUCUGCUGACCCAGACUGCAAACGGUUAACUUACCUUCCGACACAGGAUCCACAAAAUCGGAAGUGAUGCUACUCCAAUGCCAGAUCAGUUGGGGAAGAGGAAUAAAUAAUUGCCAGAAACACAGGAGGGAUCAUUCCCACAGCGUAGCUGGGUACCCAGGUGGGUUACCUGACGAGUGCCUGCACUUUUUGCCCAAACCCCCACUGCUUUUUGGGUAUUCCGCAGUUACACAACCCAGUGCAGGAUAAUAUUGCCAUUAAUGCAGAUAAAAUUGCAACAGGCUUCCAAGGCAUUCAAUAAAACCGGUAUUUAAAAUCGGUUCACACAUAUAUAUAUAUAUAUAUAUAUAUAUAUAUAUAUAUAUAUAUA